ACCCCAGGCUACCAAGUCCCGCAGAGAACUCCCUCUACCUACAGGGCAAUUCGUUGAUACUUUGUUUGCCCGCUCAAGGUUAUUCCAUAAUCGGUUAUCUUACAGUAUCUGGUUCAUUCUGUCGCCCAUCAACUAGCGCCGUCAUGUUGCAGACAUGCACGCGAUGUCGAAAUCGGAGGAUAAAGUGUGACUCACGCCUCCCAGCCUGUGCCAAUUGUGCAAAGAGUGACUUGGAGUGCACGUUUCGAGAUGAUGCUCUGCAGCAAGAUAUCCCUAGAAGCUAUAUCCAGACCUUGAACGAGCGAAUAGAGCAUCUCACGUCGCAGCUGGCUUUGAACCAACCAGAGAGUCCAUGGCGAACGAUUAGGGCUGCCUCUGAUGGUCACUCGACGUCACCACCGUCCACAUUUACCCAGCCUCUACACAUUCUGAUUCCGGCUAAACCAGGGUCUGAUCUUCACCUCGACAACUCAGUUCCAUCUCGUUUCGUCCGAGUCGCAUUUGAGGCGCUGCCGCUGGCUGGUGCCCCCCCAGAUAUUGAUAGCAUCCUCCCAGAUAACGAGCAGUCAUUAUUACCGCCUCUCCCCUGCACUGACAGAUCACAACUCACUCCUAGCGUCCUGCGGUUUCUUCUUGGGCGCUAUGACCGUUGUAUUAAGCCUCAAUAUGACGUCGUGGUACCCGGCCUCUUGAAUCAUGACGGGUCAAGCUUCAAGAAGCUACCAGACCAUUCAAAGUUCAAGAUUCUCAUGGCGUGUGCUAUUGCUGCCGCCCGAGAAGCCUACACAACUCCGAAUUGGAAGCCCCUGGCACAGAUCUGCCGUGAGUGGGCCAACGAGCUAGUUACACCCAUCAUCUCUGCAGGGGACAGCGACACACUGACAGCCAUUCUUCUUCUACUCGUUUAUGAGUUGGCAGACCCCAGCAGAGGUUUCGCCUGGGAACUUCUUGAUCUUGCCGCGAGGACAUGUCUGCAGCUGGGGUGGCACCAAGCCCCUCUUAUUCACCUACCAGCAGGAACCGAUCAAGACCAUAGUAUGCCCAAUGCUGGCGGUCCAAUAUCCUGCAGGCCCGAUGAAAUUCGCUUGAUGUCGGUUCUUAAGGAAAUCGAAGGGUCACUACAAACAAUCUUCAGCAGACCCAAUAUGCUGAGCGGUUCGAAACUUCCAACUACCUCGGAGAACGAGACUGUACACAGUCUUUACGUGCAAGUCUCUGAACAGCUUUACGGUCGAGGGCAAGUAUAUGAAACCCAAGCCUGCCCGUUCGUCGGUGAGGUUGGCACGUUGAUGGAGCUUCUUGACACCGUCCAAACACAACAUCCAGUGGCCAAGGAGACAUGGCUCGCCUUCCUGCCAGUAUGCUUCAAGCAUAAACAAUGCAUAUUCUGUUUCCAAGAGGCCGACGAGGACAAUGUCAGGGGGAUGAGAACCCUGAGACUGGACACCGGCAAAGGCUCAUACAAACGACCUGAUCAAAUGCACCGAGAUCCUGACCAUGUUCGCGCCACACUGGAAAGGUGGCAAGGAUUACCUUGGUGUCUGGAGAACAAUUAUUAG